AUGGUUCAACUGGUUGGAUUAUUGGGUAAGCUCAAUGAUAUCAAAUUAAAUGAAUAUUUGGAGGAUUGUUUGCUUUGGGAUGGCGUGGGUGAGGGGUUGUAUUCUGUAAAAGCUUGCACGACAUCAAUCUCCUCAGUUGAUGAGGAUCCUUUCAUUUGGAGUAAAUGUGUUUGGCAGGGACUGGUUCCUCCUAGAGUAGAGGUUUUCCUUUGGCAAGUAUCACUCAAUAAAUUAGCGAUUAGAGUGGAAUUGAAGAAAAUGGGAAUUCCUAUAGGGGAGGACAUUCAAUGCCCCUUUUGCAAUCAAGCUGAAGAAUCAGUUCAGCACCUGUUUAUUUCCUGCCAGUUUUCAUGGGUGUUAUGGAAUAUAAUUAUAAGCUAUUGGGGUUUCAGCUUCUAUGGAUUUGAACAGCCUGUGGUUAGCUGGAGUCCUCCUCCAGUCGAUGUUUUUAAGUUUAACAUGGAUGGUGCUGUGAGUAGUGUUGGGAUGUUAGUUGGAAUUGGGGGAAUUCUAAGAGAUAGGAAUCGGAUUAAGCUUUUUUCAUUUUCAGAAAAAAUAGGUCCUACUCCUAUCAUUUUAGUAGAGUUGAAAGCUAUCAAAAGAGGAUUAGACAUCUUUGUGUCAUCAGAAUGGGUAAUGAAGGGAAGGCUCAUUAUUGAAAGUGAUUGCAAGUUAGCCGUGGAUUGGUUGAAUUAUCAGGAGUCGGUUCCACCUUUUCUUUUAAACGUUGUUAAGGAUAUUGCGGCUACUGUUUUGAGAAUGAGGUCAUUGUGA